AUGACCCAGGACAACUCUCCCCGUAUCGGCGCCGCGUCCACUCCCUCUGGGUCGCCUUCUCUCUCGUCAAACGGUACCGGCGCAAAUACCCCAGCCGUUGCGCCAGUGCUGUCCCCGAUCAUCACGGACCUGUCGCGCGACUCGUCAACGUCGACAACGAGUAACGCAUUGGAACAACCGCCCUUACGUCUCCAGACCUCCAUGGGCCGCAUCCCUCGCCAGGCGUCAGUCGAUGCGCUGCGUCCGCGUACACCCUCAGACUUGGGGCCAAAUGGCUCCUCGGACAGCUCGGACUCGCGCACCAACGGGUCAGACUCGAGGACCAACUCGCCCCGCCCAUCGACGCUGGGUCUUCCCUCGUCCCGCAGCCUCCCUCGCCCGGGGUCCAUGUCCUCGUUACCGACCAGGCCGUACUCAAUGCCCCGGUCCAGCAGCGGAGCACCCCACCAAGGCCGCAGCGUGCAGCUCACCAUGCCGCGUCCCCUGAGCGUCUCCACAAACCUCGCCGAGCCAAUCUCCCCAGUCUCGUCCCACGGCGGGAGGCCCUCGUGGCAGCAGACCGCAGGCCAGCGCGAGAGCUACCACGCGACUCGCUCCUACACGUGCAGCGAGUUUGGCCAGGUACAGGUCGCCCCGACGUCGCCCAGGUCGCAGCACAACAGCCAUCGCAGGCAGACCUCGGCACUGUCACUGUCGGGCACGGGCAACGAGGUGUAUGAGGAACCACAGCAGAUCGACCCUAUGCGUGAGCGCCAGGUCCACGGCAUUGUGUGA